CAGGGAAAAGAUGGCAGCCCUCGCGACGCUCACUCAGCUGUCAAGUGGGAACCCUGUAUUUGAGAACUUUUACAGACAGGUGGAUCCAGGAAACACAGGGAGGGUUGGACCCACAGAGGCAGCCUUAUUCUUGAAGAAAUCAGGCCUACCAGACAUCACUUUAGGAAAGAUCUGGGAUUUAGCUGAUCCAGAUGGCAAAGGUUUCUUGGAUAAACAGGGAUUUUAUGUUGCUCUGCGACUGGUAGCCUGCGCACAGAGUGGGCACGACAUCAGCCUGGCUAGUUUAAACUUCCCUGUUCCCCCUCCAAAAUUCACGGACCACAGUAGCCCAUCGCUGAGUUCUGUAACAACAUCAAAUGAAAGCCAUUGGGCAGUGCGGCCAGAAGAGAAGAGCAAAUUUGAUGGUAUUUUUGAAAGUCUUGCUCCAGUAAAUGGAUUAUUGUCUGGUGAGAAGGUCAAACCAGUCUUAAUAAACUCCAAACUUCCUGUGGACAUCCUUGGAAAGGUUUGGGAUUUGAGUGACAUCGACAAAGAUGGGCACUUGGACAAAGACGAGUUUGCAGUGGCUAUGCACCUAGUGUACCGCGCCCUGGAGAAGGAGCCAGUACCCUCCAUCUUGCCCUCCUCUCUCAUCCCUCCAUCCAAAAGGAAGAAGACCUCAGGCUCUUUGUCCAGCAUGGGGCCAGCGUUGCCAGGAAGCCCACCGCCACCAAAAGACAGUCUGCGCUCCACACCUUCUCACGGCAGCAUGAAUUCCUUGAACAGUGCUGGGAGUUUGUCCCCAAAACACACCCUCAAAUCCUCACAGUAUUCGGUAAACUGGGUGGUACCAGUCAUAGACAGAGGCCGCUAUGACGACAUCUUCCUCAAAACUGACACUGACCUUGACGGAUUCGUCAAUGGCCAUGAAGUUAAAGACAUUUUCAUGCAGUCUGGGCUUCAUCAGAAUUUCCUGGCACAUAUUUGGGCUUUGGCGGACACCAGGCAAAUUGGCAAACUCACACGGGAGCAGUUUUCCUUAGCCAUGCAUUUCAUUCAACAGAAAGUGAGCAAAGGUUUGGACCCUCCACAAGCUCUGACUCCAGACAUGAUACCGCCGUCUGAACGGGGCACUCCGGGACCAAGUCUAUCAGGGUACAUGACACCAGUGGGAUCUGAAAUGGCUGCACUGACAGAAAUGCGCCGGGACAGCUCCAGCUCUGUGGGUUCUGGCGAGUUCACCGGGAUUAAAGAACUGGACGACAUCAGUCAGGAAAUCGCUCAGCUGCAGAGAGAGAAAUACACAUUGGAACAAGACAUCAGAGAAACAGAAGAGACCAUUAGAAACAAAACCACAGAGGUUCAGGAGAUGCAGAACGAUCUGGACCGAGAGACGUGCAGCCUCCAGGAGCUUGAGGAACAGAAGCAGGAUGCUCAGGACCGGCUGGAGGAGAUGGAUCAGCAGAAGGCAAAACUAGAAGACAUGCUCAACGACGUCAGACAGAAAUGCCAAGAAGAGUCGCAAAUGAUCACCUCCCUUCAGAACCAGAUCCACUCUCAGGAGUCAGACCUGCAGUGUCAGGAAGAGGAGUUGGGCAGAGCAAAAGCGGACCUGAACCGCCUGCAACAGGAAGAGGCUCAGUUAGAACAGAGUCUACAGGCGGGCAGGUUUCAGCUGGAAACCAUCAUAAAGUCCCUCAAAGCCACACAAGAUGAAAUCAACCAGGCUCGGAGCAAACUCUCCCAGAUCCAGGACAGUCAACAUGAGAUCAGUAAGAAUAUCGAGCAGUACAGCAGCACUCUGAACGGAACCCACGGGGGCAGCAUGACCAACCUGGCCGAUAUGAGUGAAGGCUACGCAGAGAAAGAAAAUGGUGGCUUCAGGGCUAUGGAGGAUCCUUUUAAGGUGAAGUCCACAGUGUUCAACAGCGCACCUCAGGAGAUACACACAGACCCCUUCCAGUCUGAGGACCCAUUUAAAACAGAUCCAUUCAAAGGUGACCCUUUCCAGAAUGACCCUUUCUCAAAGCAGACCAACACAGUUGCAGAUCCUUUCGGUGGAGACCCUUUCAAGGAGACCGACCCAUUUAUGACCUCUUCUGAAGAUUUCUUCAAGAAGCCCUCAAAGCCAGACCCCUUCAGCAACACCGAUCCAUUUAGUAAAAGUGCCACUCUUCCCUCAAAGAGUCAUCACUUCUCAAGCAAUGACCCUUUCAGCUCCACCAGCCCCAAACCGAAAGGCCAAGAUUUCUUCGGUACAUUGGACCUUUUCGGAAGCAGUUCGUUUGGCAGCAACAGCGGAUUUGCCGACUUCAGCCAAAUGUCAAAGGGCUUUGUAGAUGACCCCUUCAGCCGAAAACAAGACAUGCCAGCUCUACCGCCCAAGAAAAGCAUACCACCUCGGCCGAAACCAUCUAGUGGUAAAAGCACUCCAGUAAACGUGCCCGGAUCUGUGGAUUCAACCAAGACAAGCGAUCCAUUCCAACCAUUCAGCGCUGACCCCGUCGACCCUUUUCAGAGUAAAAAAGGGGUGGGAGACCCGUUUAGUGGCAAAGACCUGUUUGCUCCACCUGCCUCAAGUAAAGCCUCUAAAGACUCUUCAUUGGGUUUUGCAGACUUCAGCUCUUUUGGGAAUGAAGCCCAGCAGAUGGAGUGGGCAAAACGGGAAAGUGAGAGAGCGGAACGGGAGCGGCUGAAGAGACUCCGGCAACAAGAGCAGGAAGACCUAGAGCUGGCUAUUGCUCUUAGCAAGGCCGAGAUGUCCAACGCCUGACCCCUUCCACCAAUACCCUUCAGAUCCACCCCUCCGUACACUACAGCAAUGUGUGUGUGUGUCUGCGUUCGAAAGCUAAUGGGCCCCUCACACCGAUCUUUUUGCAUCCGUAUGCGCUAGUAGGACCUCUUUGACCGUUGCGCCAUGUUGCACUGUUUUUCCAGCGUCUCGCACAGGAGCGUCAUGUUUUUUAGUAUUCAUGUCAAGUUCAACUUUUGAAUCUCAAGAGACACCGACUUGCUUGUUUUAGUGCAAGAACACCUUUUGUCUGAACAGCCCCUAAGGGACUUCACAGGCAGUGCUUUGUUUAUAAAGGUACAUCGUAAGGAAAAUAGUUUCAGACAACCUUUCAAGGCGCCAUAAUGUCAUGUCUAACGAACUAAAACAAAUGCAAGUUAACUUUAGACAUAACCAAGUAAUAUACUUAUUUCUAGGUAGAAAUGGUGUCGAAAGUUGAAAAAAGGAAAAACUGGACAUUUCUAAACUAAUUUACAUUUUUAUUCUUUCAACCAAUUGCAGAAGUGCACACACAUGAUUUUGGGAUAUCGAAGGUAGCAAAGGAUGCAUCUAUGCUGCCUUUAAAAAUUUACUUGACAAAGGCAUCUCCAUAGACAGCAUGUUAUGCAAAUAUUGGAUUCGGACAUGUUUUCAUGCCUUCCUGCUUUCGGACGCAGCAAUCGUGUGUAUGUGUGUGAUGGACCAAGAUAAAAUAAAUGCAAGUGGGCAGGGUGCUGCAUAGUAUUUUUUAAUAUAAUAGGAUGGGCAGCCUUUGUUUUGUGAGUCAGCUAAUUUACUCUACAUGCACUGCAUUAACCUCUCAGAUGGAGUAAAUAUUUUAUUUAAAGUGUUUUAGAUUGUGUAUGUGUGUGUGAAUGUGCAUCAAUAGAGCCAUGGACAUUGAAGACCGUUAUUGGUCUCCGCAGGUCAUUGUCUCCACUGCGUCUCCCACUCACUCACUCACUCACUCACUCACUCACUCACUCACUCACUCACUCACUCACUCACUCACUCACUCACUCACUCACUCACUCACUCACUCACUCUAAUUGGUGGACUAAAAGGGAUUAGAAAACCAGAAUAAAGUUCUGGGUGAGUUUUAAAUAGGCUCAACCCUGCAUUACCAAGGCUGCAGUCCCCAUUGUCUCUGAGCCCUUGUGCAAGGCACUUAAUUCCAGGUUUCUUCAGUUGCGAUUGAAUUAAAUUCUAGAAAGCAUACUGUAAGUCGAUUGGGAUAAAGACUUUGGGCUAAAUGAUAAGUUACUGGCUCUAGCUGUAGUCAGUAUGGUACAAACUGGAAUUAUAGGAGCGCCUGGCAGACUAAACAUCUGUAAGAGACACUUGAGGUGACGUGAAGCUGAAUGAGGGAUCCUCUGUUAUCUGUCGGUGUUGUUUGAGAGAGCCAUUUGAUUUAGACUGGAACAAAAUGAAUAGGUUUGCUUUAAAGCAUGAUUCAGAGUGAGUUAGAGGAGAAUGAUCCACAUAAAGUAACUUGGACAAACUGCACUGAUUUUGAAUUUUUUUAUUAUUAUUAUUAUCCCCAGUGUUAUAAAAUAUCUAGCAAGAUCAAGAAGGUUGAGUCCACAAUGACCACGUUUAACUGCACUGCAAUACUCUAACAAUUAUCAAAAAUAAUUUAUAAAAGCGGCAACAUACGAAUCUGGGAUUUAUAGGAGAUUUGAAAUCAUCAGAUUAUUCUCUGCUUUUAACAUGUAAUGUAAGCGCAUAUAGGAUAAGCCUGUAAGAACAUAAGUAAAUGUGUUUACAUGCAACAUGAAAUUGGGGUAAUGGGCAAAUAUCUACCUGUGCUGUUUUUGCUUAAAGUGUUUAGGACCUUACCCCGAUAACAUGUAAACCUUUAAGGCAUUUACAUGUUGGUUUAUUAAGCAUAAUUAGUGUAAGAAUUGUGUAAAAGUGCUCAAUGUUGCAUAAACAACAACAACUAAUGCCUAGAUUAGGGAUGAGUUAUGAUCAGUAUUUUUGUUUGCUCUUAAGAUUCAUUGCUAUUUAGAUCAUCUCUUUUGUUGUUUGGAUUAUGUCUUUAUGCCGAUAAGCAAUUGUUGAUGAAUCAAUCCAUGGGCCUAAAAGCACAAUUCUGUUUUUGUGGAAGGUUCUAAUAUCGUUUUUGCAAAACAUUAACUUGUAAGUAGGCCCAGACAGAAUCUGUAAACUGGAGAGAAAGUUGUGUGCUAGAUUUAAAUAUGAUGAAAUAUGUUAAACCGAGUUGAAAUAAUGCACUUUUAUUGUUAGCUGAAAGCGCAAUCAAAUUAGCAAAAUAUAAAAAAUCCAAACACACAAGGGGUGAGGAAUUCUCGAAACUUGAAUGAUGGUCAAUGACGGUCAGUCCCAUCUUCGGAGCUUUCUGUGGCAUUCCAAACAGCUGUCUCUUGCUGGGUUUCUUUUCAACUAUUUUUAUGCCAAUUUAAAUUUUGUGCUUAAGAUAAACCUGAAUGGAAAGGCUUGAUAUGCGCAUAAACUUUUAAAAUUCACUUAAAAUUUGAUGACUAGGCAGAGGUGAUGAAAACGGUCUAUUCGUAAAAUGAUAAUGUAUUUUGACCAUUUGUGCAUGAAAGGUCCGACCUUGCCACACAAUUCUUUUAACUCACAGUUGGAUGUUAAAGUGGGUCCUCACUAUCCUCCAGAACAGUUUUGAGCACAGGUGCUCCCAGGUAUGGUGGCGUAUGGACAUAGCUGCUAUUUCAGCCCUCACCAUAUGAAUAUUAUGCUCAUUCUGCAGCAUCUCCUGGCAGUAUUUAAUAAAACGAUGUACAUUUGUUCCAAUACCACUAAUAAAACUCUACUCAAAGCAAGUUGGUCAUUCAGCUGCUCCAUCAUGACAAGGCUGAAUCCCUCAGAAUAACGCGCAUGAUAUAGUGGAUGAAAACGUCCAAUGAUUCGGAUUUUCUUCAGUUUCAUUUUUAAGAAAUGCGCUUAAUAAUGUGAAACAUUUGGAUGGAAACCCAGCUAUUGUCGUUUUGGGGUUUGCUAUUGGCAUAUCCAAAACCUUUAGUCAGUAUUGAAUUCAAUUCUUGUUUUUAUCGACUUUUUGUGGUACGAUUGUGGUUUAAUUAUUGUAAUAUUAUCAGGUUUUGAAACCCAUCUGCUGUUCUCAAAUGGUAGACGCUCUCUAACUGGUACUAUUAACACUUAUUAACACUUUUUUAAAUGAUCCCAUUCACUCCAACCUCAUUUGAACAGCUGUUUCUUUUUACUUUGAGUAUUUUAAAUGACUUCUGAGUGUGUUAUGUGAUGUGUGUCAAUUAUUCCUGUAAAGGCAAAAAGGUUCAUUAUAGCCUGUGUAAUGAUUGAUGUCUAGUGUCCAACAAUUUGGACAGAAAUAUUGUGUUAUAUUAAUAAGAACAACUGUGACAUAUCCAUGUACACUGCUAAUUUUCAGCGAUGUCAACAUUUUCUGUCAUGUUUUUGGUUUGUUCCACUUUUUCUUUUUUACGUCCAAUCAGCUUGUGCUGUUUUGACCUCAAAUAGCUGCUUGACACUCCGUCAUGUUAGUGUCACACUAAACAGUGUUACUUUAUCUUAUUUAAAGUAUGUAAAGUGUAUGUCUAUUGGGCCCAGCUCACACUGAGACUCUAGUGCCGUGUUUUUUUCACGUGAAUUUGAUUCCAGUACACUAAUCUUAAAUCAUAUGUGUCAUUUGAGCAUCGUAACAAGCUGUAACUACGUCUUACGGACUGGAAUCGAAAGGGUGAAGAAAGAGAUAUGGUUAUGGGACAACAUGAGGGUCCCAGAUAAGGAUGAAGGCCAUUGGGGCUGGCUUUUCUGCCUUUGUUGCCGUUCCAAAAAUGAAUAGAACUGUUGGAACUGAAAAACAAACCGUUUGGAUCCAUCUCUCAAACAUUUUGUCGUAGCUACUUUUAUGCUGUUUUUGCCCUGUAUACCUCCAUUGUGCAAUAGUUUGUAUAUUGUAUUUGUUGUAAUACCUGUAAAUUCAUUUCAAGUUUUAAUAUCCUGUUUUGUUAUCCAUGUAUUUUGUUUUUAUUUAAAAAAAAACAAUGAAAGUGAUUCUUUUUUUAGUUGCUGUCAUAAUUUAGGACGUAUGCACCACAAAACUCGAGCUGAAUGCGUUACUUUUUGGCCUGCUUUUAACACUCUCCUAUGUAGAUAAGAUAUUAACCUGAUUAAGAAAUGCAUAAAAAAUAUACAUAAACCAUGUAUUUUAUGUGUUAUAUUUGUCUGAUGAAACAUGAGUAGCUGCACAUUUUAAGGGUUUCAGACUGCAUUGAUAGUGACGAGUGAUGCUUGAAAUUCCUUUGGAAAUGCUCUUGCUCAGUAUGUUGUCCCUUUAAUAUUAAUAUUUCACAGAAUGUUUAAGAGUAAUAUUUCACAGAAUAAAGAAAAGAUAACAUUUCAGAUAUAGUUUUACAUCACCCUUAUAUUCAUUUAACUUGUGUAGCAUCUAAUACAGUGGCCCUAAAAAGUAUUUGAACACUAUUUGAAAAAAAUUGCAUUAAAUAUCAAAAUAUGAAACCAUUUGGCACUUAUUUUAAAGAAAGAAACCACAAGCACACUUUUCAAGCAAAACAUUUCACAAAAUGAUAUUUGUUAGGUUUUAAAUUAUAUCACAAUUAAUAUACUGUUUAAAAUUAAAGAAAUAAUCCGGGUUUAAUACAAGUUAAGCUCAUUCAACAGCAUUUGUGGCAUAAUGUUGACUACCACAAACAAUUAUUGAGGCACUUACAAUGGAAGUGAAUGGGACACAUUUUUGG